CCGUUUGUCGCUGUCGUCUCCCCUCUCCAAAUCCCCAAAUCGCUUUGCGCUUUUCUAAUUGAUUUUUCUCACAAAACGUCCGGUCAUUGAACGCAUUAUGAAGCGUAGCUCUUGGCUCUGGCUUCCAGCUACCAGAAUACCAGCUCCCGGCCUCAACCCGAUCUCUAUCUGUAUCUGUAUCUGUAUCUGUGUCUAUUUUUGUUCCUUCCUCUAAAAUGGAAUAAAAACCCUACAGCACAAUACCCGCAUCUCCAUCCCGGUUCCCGGUUUCGAUCUCAUUCGUUCAGACCCCAAAAGAGUCACUUAUCAAAAUCUGUGACCUGCUUUUCUGUCUGAUUGAAAAUUGUCACGCGUAAAUUGCUUUCAAUGAAGCGAUCCGACGGAGCUUAAGACAAUAAGAGCCAGACAAUAACCGGCAAUCGUACACCGAGAAAAAUGAUGGCUUCCUGUCACAGAAAUAACUAUAACUGAGAGAUUUUUAUAGAGAUCUAAGAGAGAGAUGCCACUGGCUACCUCGCUGGACAAGGACUCCAUCCGCGAGGCCUACGAGGACGUGCGCUCCGAUCUCACAGACACCGAGUGGGCGGUGUUCAAGUUCGACGGCCCCCAGAUCGUGGUCCAUGCCAGGGGCCAGUGCUUCGAGGAGUUCCGCCAGCAGUUCGGCGACUCGGAGCGCGCCUUCGGCUACAUUCGCAUCCAGAUGGGCGACGAGAUGUCCAAGCGCAAGAAGUUCAUCUUUCUGACGUGGAUCGGCCAGGAAGUGGGCGUCAUCCAGCGGGCCAAAAUGUCCACGGACAAGGCGCUCAUCAAGGACGUGCUUAAUAACUUUGCCGUGGAGCUGCAGGCUGGCGUGGAGACGGAGCUGGACAUCGGCCUGUUCCGGGAAGCGUUGAACCGCGCCGGUGGUGCCAACUAUGGCACCGGUAUCCGGGACAUCUAGGCGUUCCUGCAAUCGUAAAAUUAAACUAUUUUUUUUGUGCAUCUCUUCAAUCGCUUACCAAACUGCUCCUUUUUACUUAAUUAUGAAUUAAUUUUUACGCAAUUUUAAAUUUGUAUAUUUUACGUAAUAUAAUACGAAAAUUGUAACAUUUA